GACGGGGCGCACCCGCCCCAGCCGCCCCACAGCCACCGUUCUCCUCCCGGCCGGCGGCAGCUCCCGGCGCCCCGAGCCGGCCUCUCUCUCCCCUCCGGCAUGUUUUAAGGCCGGUCUUAGCCCCUCUCCUUUGGGCUUUCCUUACAGCCGCCCCACCGCCGUCGGGUCCCCGUUCCCCCCGCCCUCGGGCCGUGCGCUUCCCCCCUCGAAGGGCCGGCGGCUGGGGGGGGAGCGGGGGCGGUGGGCGCCGGGGGGGCGAGGGCAGAAAAGCCCCGCUCGGCACCAUGGCGUCCAGCUAUGCCCACGCCAUGGAGAGGCAGGCCCUGCUGCCAGCCCGCCUCGACGGCCCCGCCGGCCUGGACAAUUUACAAGCCAAGAAGAACUUUUCCGUGAGUCACCUGCUGGACCUGGAGGAGGCGGGCGACAUGGUGGCCGCGCAGGGGGACGAGGGCGGCGGCGAGCCCGGCCGGAGCUUGUUGGAGUCCCCCGGGCUGACCAGCGGCAGCGACACCCCGCAGCAGGACAAUGAUCAGCUGAAUUCAGAAGAGAAGAAGAAAAGAAAGCAGAGAAGGAACAGGACUACGUUCAACAGCAGCCAGCUCCAGGCACUAGAGAGGGUCUUUGAGAGGACACACUACCCCGAUGCCUUUGUACGGGAAGACCUUGCACGCAGAGUCAACCUCACUGAAGCCAGAGUUCAGGUGUGGUUCCAGAACCGGAGAGCCAAGUUUCGCCGGAAUGAGAGGGCCAUGCUGGCCAGCAAGAACGCCUCUCUGCUCAAAUCCUACUCAGGGGACGUGACCGCCGUGGAGCAGCCCAUAGUACCUCGCCCAGCUCCAAGACCCACCGACUAUCUCUCCUGGGGUACCGCCUCCCCUUACAGUGCCAUGGCCACCUACUCCACCACGUGUACCAACGCCAGCCCGGCGCAGGGCAUGAAUAUGGCCAACAGUAUUGCCAACCUGAGACUGAAGGCAAAAGAAUAUAGUUUACAGAGGAAUCAAGUGCCCACAGUCAAUUAAUGACUGGAGCCAGCUGCUUCGCAGAAGGAGAAAAUACGACAGCACCCGUCCUGCUUCGCAACUUCUGUGCUGAAAUAAAAAAAUAUAUAUAUUAAAAAAUAUCAAAAAAAAAGAAAAAAAGAAAAAAAAGCCAACCCCAACCCAGAACUGAACAUUGGGACCAAAGCGGGAGCAAACUGAACCGCUCGAGUGACAAGGUUCCUCCUUCCUUUUGGGAUAAUGCCGCCAUUUUUUUUCUUGUUAUUGUCAGGUUUAUUGCUUCUGCUCAGUAUACUACGAGCUUCUUCAGUUAAGGACAGACUCACCUUUGUUGUUUUCCAUUUUUGUAUGGGACUGCAAAAAGAAACCUCCGCUGAUCUCAGCCCGCGGCCGCCUCCCACCCAACACCGCGCUGAGGCGCAAAGCUUGCUCCCCCACCCCAGCUCACCCUAGAAGAAGAAACUGUUCGGUCACUGCUUUCCAUUGUAUCCACCUGACCUUCUGUCCCCUCCCGCGUCCCUUGUGCCACAGAGGCAAUGCCAUUGAUGUUGACUGCGAGAAGCCCAUUGGCGCGAUGGGAUGGGAGCAUCCUUCCCGGGUUGCCUGGACGGAGACGUGAGGAAGAUCUCUGUGGGCUUCGCACGCUUUGCCGGUGCCUUGAAAAGCCAGAGAAGAGAGAAAAGCCGAUGUGUGUGUUUGUGAGUGGGGGGGAGAAUGGAGAGGGGGUUGCUCUGUAGUGCCAAGAAUAGGACUGUUAGGACACUCCUUUCCAUGCCUUACGGCUUGUGCCACAGGGAGAGGUGUUGUCCAGAUGCAUUUGUUUUAUAUAUACUGUAUAUAUUUAUAUAUAUAAGAUAUACAUGCAAGCUUGGUUGGUGUUUUUUAUUAAACGAAAUAAAGUCCAUUGAAAAUGUU